CACUGUAAAUGGCCGUGUGGAGUUGUUUACGCGCCUCCUCUCUCUCUCCAACGCGCCACCGUUUAUCUUCUCUGUCUCUCCUCUUCUUCUCCUACCCUCCUUCCUUCAACGCCGAUCCCCUCUUCUCUCCGUCGCUCUCCCCAUCUCCUCCAUCUCCAACGCCGUGUUUCUACCCUCACCUUCGCCGACUGUUCUCUUCUGCACCCGGCGCUUCCGGGCUUGGACGAGAAUUCCCAAUCGGUUAUCAAGAAAUCCCUUGUGGCGAUGAUUCUUCUUUGCCGGUCCUCGCCGUCGUUGAUUUUCUCGACCGGUUUCAUCAGUUUACAGGGUUGCCUUGGUGGAUGGUUAUUUCAUCUUCCACUAUUGCUGUCAGAUUAGCAUUAUUGCCUUUACUCAUACUGCAACUCAAGAAACUGAAUAGGAUUUCAGAGCUGUUACCUCAGUUGCCUAUGCCGAUCCCAGAGACUCCAACACUAAGAGGCGCUAUUGACCAGUUUUCUCUUUUUCUUAAAGAAAAACGAGCAAUUGGGUGCCCCUCCUUUUUGUGGGUUUUCCCAUACUUAUCCGUCCAGAUUUGUUCUCAUGUACCUUUUGGCUUUCUUCAUCUUCAGCUCCCGUGCUUUUUCUUGCUGAUGGCUAGCAUCCGGAAGAUGUCACUAAAUGGUCAUCCUGGGUUUGAUUCUGGUGGUGCCUUAUGGUUCCAGAAUUUGAGUGAUCUUCCUGCUGGCUCUUUUGGACCAGUCUUUCCAGUUUUAAUUGCUCUCUUCCAUUACAUCAACAUACAGAUAUCUUUUGACUCAUCCACAGUUCGUCAAACUACGGGCUUGACCGGGUUGCUCAUGAGAUAUUACAAGCUAUAUUUGGAGAUCCUAAGUGUUCCUCUGUUUUUUGUUGGCUAUGCUAUUCCACAGGGAAGUCUUGUUUAUUGGGUAACCAACAGUUCUGUAAAUAUACUCCAGCAAUUAUCUCUCAAGCACCCUACGGUAUCAGCAAAACUUGGUUUACUGAGUCAGGGGCCCUCUCCGGGCGUUGAGCAUUCCAUGGAGAUCAGUGAAUCUGUGAUUAAGUAUGUCGACUCUGAGUUAAAAGAGCAUACCCUUUCUCUACAGACUUUAACACCAGAAGAACUUCUUUCUUUUUCAGUUCAGGUCUUGUCGAAAGGUGAUAAAGAAACAACCGUUCAGUUACUUCGAUUAGCCCUUGAGAAAGAUCCUGGAUAUGUAAGAGGUUUGGUUCUCAUGGGACAGACUUUGUUGCAGAAGACGCAGUUGUCGGAAGCUACUGAAUUUUUAGAGCUUGCUAUCUCCAAGCUUCUUGAUGGGGCUGCAUCUGAUGCUGAGGAUGUUGAACUUUUAAUGCUUGUAUCUCAAUGGGCUGGUGCUGCAUACGUACAGCAGGGGAAUAUGAAAAGCGGAAUCACACACUUGGAAAGAGUAGCUAAACUGAAAGAACCUGGUGAUCCUAAAAGUAAAGAGCAUUACUUUGAAGCAUUGCUGCUUCUUUCAAGCGCUUUGUACAAGGAAGGGCAGAGUCAUGAAGCUGCAAAGAUUUUACGAGUAGUAGUGGAUCACAAUCCGUCGUACAAACCUCUGCUAGAACAGUGUGAAGAUGAGAAUGAGCUCGUUAGCGAUCUUGUAAGUAGCAGGAAGGAUCACUUCUGAUAGUCUCCAGUUUAAAUUUUGUAUUUUUUUUAAGUAUCGGAUUCUUACGCUAUCUCGUGGAGAUGGGUCAACCUUCAAUAGUUAACAACUUUAUACUUUUAUACGUAGUAUUGAUGUAAUCCUAUUGAUAUAGAAAAAACUAAAAAUACACUAACAGUUUGUGGUGCAAUCUGUAAAAACGAAAUGUCUGU